GCACAACUGGUCUGCCUAUGAGGAGGCUCUAAAGACAAACCCAGUUUUGGCAAAAAUGGUUAUUAGUGGAGUGGUGUAUUCUUUGGGAGAUUGGAUUGCACAAUGUUUUGAAGGUAAACCACUAUUUGAGUUUGAUCGCACGCGCAUGUUCAGAUCAGGCAUUGUUGGUUUUACGUUGCAUGGCUCUCUUUCACAUUACUAUUACCAAUUCUGUGAGGAGCUAUUUCCAUUUCACGACUGGUGGGCGGUUCCUGUCAAAGUAGCCUUUGACCAAACGGCCUGGUCUGCAGUUUGGAAUAGCAUCUAUUUUACUGUGUUGGGAUUCUUGAGGCUGGAGUCUCCUCUCACCAUUUUGGAUGAACUGAGGGCUACCUUUUUUCCCAUGCUUACAGCAGGUUGGAAGCUGUGGCCAUUUGCUCAUGUUAUAACCUAUGGUAUGAUCCCGGUAGAGCAAAGGCUUCUGUGGGUGGAUUGUGUGGAGCUCAUUUGGGUGACAAUCCUCUCCACGUAUUCGAACGAAAAAUCAGAAGCUAGAAUAGCAGAUGUACCAGUUGAAGCCAGUUCCAGUUCCAGUUCUGCACCAGCCACCCCCCACGACCACGAGGAAUAGAGAGGAUCAGGAGGGAGUCAACAAGGUAAGAAGGGUUUCUAGUAUCCAAGUUGAGACUGAUGCUUGCUAGAUGAGAGAUUGACUGGGCAAGUAAGGAGCUACAGCUACUCCCAAAUUGGAAAGGAUUGGGCUAAUCUCGGUUCCAUACAACUGCAUGCAUCCCAACUUGCCAAUAUCGGUAACCCAUACCCGCUGCAUAUAUCUGUAUAUGUAUGUUUUGUAUGUCGGGUGUUAAAACACUCUGUUCCUUUUCGUGGCAUAUCUACGUUCCCUAGAAAUCCAGAUAAGAAGAGAGCGAGAGAGAGAAAAGAAAAAGAAAAGAAGGUACAUAGCAUACCAUUUGUACUAUUGUGUGUGGCACAAGUAAAGUGGAGAAAUCCUUUGUUGUUAGUGUAAAGUAAUAUGCAAAGCGUAUUAACUAGCAAGUCAUUCCAAGAAACAACGAAUCUUCAAAAUUCGGAAAUUCGGAAAGGCAUGAUGUAUCUGCUCUGACUCAAAUUGAUGGAGAAGAUUAUUAUGAAUCUUAUAUCAUUCUCUUACCGUUAAUAAAAGCAGUUUUUUCCGCAAUUAAGUAACUUGGAAUUCACUCUCAAUAUCUCUCGUAUAGACUUAGUUGAUUAAGGAACAAAGACCCUUCAUGACCAAUUAAAAUUCGAUACAUGCUCUCACUUUCUUUAACGUUGCAAUUAGGGCUGCAAAUGAGCCGAGUUCCUCGCGAGCGGCUCGGCGUUCAACUCGAGAAAAGCUCGUUCGAAACUCGACUCGUUAAUAAUUGCUUCGAGAGCUGACUCGUGAGCUGACUCGUUUAGAGCUCAUGAUAUGUCUUGACAUGUGGCUAGAGAGCCAACUCGAUUACCAACUUAUGGAUGAAUCAAUCUAUAUCUUAUGAUUUUAAUUCAUAUGGUUGUUAAAUUAUAUAUCUCACCAUAUAUAAAGUUUAACACGUUGAGUUUGUGAGCAAUAUAUCUUAUUUUCUACUUUAAAAAGAAAUUAUGCAUCAUAAAUUGCUUCGAUAUUGUGAAAUAACAUGAUUUGGAGUAGUUAAAAUUUAUUAACUAAAUGAUAUAUGAUACCAACAAAGCAAAAUCUGAUAUUAGCUAACAAAAUAAAUCAUAUUUAUUAUGAUAUACAAAAUGAAGUAUCAAAUAAAAGUUAAGAUUUUAAUAAACAAGUUAGCUCGAACUCGACUCGACUCGGCUCGUUAAUAAAUGAGCUGAGCUCGAGCUCGACUCGUUUAUUAACGAGCCGAGCUCAAACUGGGGUAAAACUCGACUCCAUUCGACUCAUUUGCAGCCCUAGUUGUAAUCCGUUCUUGGUUCAAUGCAGCAUAUCAUUGGUUCGAGGACAAAAUUAUGGUCGAAGACUUUUAGGACAAAAUGAACCAACCGUGAUUACCACCAAAUCUUUUUAUUCAUUAUCAAAACAAAAAGAUUUGAUUAUAACCGAAUGCAUAAACUAACACCUUAUAACGCGUCGCUAUGUGUAGUCACGGGUAUCUAUAUCUGAUCGGCGGCCAACUUUGAGUUCACCAUCGAUUCUUUUUCCGGCCGGCCCGUCGUUUCCUGUUGUCGUUUUGGGAGAUGGUUUUGGUUCGAUUGGGACAUUAAAGGAUCACGGACACG